GAGAUCACUUUGAACAUGAUUCAAACACGAAUCGACGAAAACAAAGUGACUCUUGGACAGAAAAGUCAAAUGCAUUUCGCUCUCCAGUCUCGACUUUCCGUUGCUUGUUUUUGAGCCACGAUUUUUGUGUCGGCCUUUAAUUUUCGGAUUCAACUCCUAGAAAUGAACAAUCGGUUGCGUGUUCAAUUGCUAGCUAAGAUUCUGAAGACCGCAAAAUUGGCGUGGAGUCCAUCCUCUCUCUGCUCAAUGCAUAUUCAUUCGGGAAAAGGCGCUUUUCAAACGGCGACUAUUGCCAUGGGAAAACAAAUAAUUGGACUAUUUGAGGCCAAUCCUGAGGUUAAUAUUCCGGGAAUCGGCAUUUGAAACCCACAUGUCGAAAACUGAGGUUUUAGGGAGGAUCUCGGAUUUAUCGGGGACGAAACAAAUUUCUUCCAAUGGACGUCUUCAAAAGCCACAAAGGGGUUGAAAUUAGCACCUUUCCUCUUCCGGGACGAACAGGAUGAGAGCUGGAUCAAUUUCCAGCUUCAAUUGCCAUUUAUCUCCAUUAGAUUUCCCAUUACCAAUGAGGCAAUGGCUCUGUGUUGAGGAUAGAGUGUACUCCUUAAGUCCAUACUAUCAAUUCUCAACGGUACAUUGAGCGGAUUUCUCUUUCCUCAUUGAGGUCGAGCUCAAAAUUUUGAGCUCCGAACUUUAACCCUUUUCAAUAUUGUUUCGACGGUUUACGCUCCUGGCCACUGAGAUUCUCUUAUUUCAUGUCAAUGCGCCAUUUCCUGUCCAAAUUGCCCAAGCAACUUCCAACCCAACCCAACCAUCGCCGCAAUGCCUUUCACGUUCCACCAUCCAUCCAUCCAUCCAUCCAUCCGUCCGUCCGUCCAUUCCCUGCGAUUCUCGUGGUCGUAGAAUAUCGCUACGGUGUUUCCCGACUUCGACGCGAGAUGUCAUUGGGUAGUUCCAAUGACGAGAAUCCACUCGUAAACAAAGGAGUCAACAACAAAGCCAUGAUAGAGAGCUACUAGAGCAUUCAGGGAAAGAAACCCAUUGGCACUAGUGAGUAGUCCAUCAUCAACAACGUGCAACUCAGAAGCUGACUAGACUUGCACUACCAGCGGGAUGUCGAUCAUUCCCGCCCCCAAAUGCCCCAAUCCAUCAGUCACUAACUGAGAAACACUCCGGGAGAUGGAAAGAUUGACCUCCGGGAUGUCAUCGCUAACUAGCUUUAAACGACUUGCAUUUUUUACGAUUGAACAUAUUUCAUUUGUAAAAAGUACAUAAUAUGAGAUGACAAUAGGGCAUUAGUUAGACGAUGAGUGGGAUUGAGUGGAAGGAUCUCAGCCUCCCAAAACCCCCAAAAAGUGUUGGGAAAACUCCAUGCCGACCAAUCAAAAACAGAUUCCCGAUCUUUCAAAACAAAGAAUUACUCCGAACACCGGCAACCGCGUUGACCCCCAAAUCUGCCCAAGGUGGGAGAAGGUAUGGGCGGUGUGAUUGCCAACACUGAUGAUGGGUUGCUUCUCUGAGUCAUGAAUGGUCUCCGGUUGAGAGUCCUUUUACUCACCUUUUGACUCACCAUUCGAAAAGCCAGGGAUGAGAGAGGCUCCUAUGCACCCUUUCCAAGGCCAGUUACAGUACUACGUACUUGUCUCGACUUUACGAUCAAUUGUCUCGCCACCGACAUCUCCUUGGGUUGUACUAGAGUGCACGAAUUGUUAUCUAACUUUUCUCAGUCUCGAUCCGUGUGGACGGGUGUUGGAGGUCGAGCCUGGUUUUGGGUUCUGCAGGCGAGGCACCAGAUGGCACCAAAUAUAAAACCGCCUACCGAUGUGAAGGGGACGACCUCCGGAUCACGUGCGAUGCCGAGCAGACCAUCCAGGUUAUCCGAGCCAACUUUGGGCGAUUCUCCAUCGCUAUUUGCAACAAGCAUGGAUUCACAGACUGGAGUGUGAAUUGCAUGGCUCCAAGGACAACCAGAAUUAUGCAGAGCAGGUGUGAUGGGAAACGCUUAUGCGAAAUGUCUGUAAAUUCGGACAUAUUCGGGGAUCCUUGUCCAGGGACUCACAAAUACAUGGAAGUCCAUUAUGCGUGUUCUCCCAAGUUCAUUACUACAACCAAGCGACCAUUUCCUCCUUGGUUUCUCGAGAGCGGAGCAGGUGAUCUUUGGAGUCCACAGAAGCAAUCUUCGACCUUGCAAGAGACCAAUCCAACCAUGACAAGCAGUACAUCCUUAAAGACCUCGUCAUCCACCUUGGUCUCAUCCUCGUCCAUAGCAUCUUCUUCGUCCUCGUUUUCGACCUUGGCAGAGGAUCAUCUCACCACAUCCUCGCCAAGAAAACCAAUUCUCGUGACGCAACCGACCACACCUGUGAGGAUUCCAAUUACCACGCCCAAAGCAACCACGACCAUUGUUCCAACAUCACAGCCUCCCGUCAAGAUAAAUGCUUCCAUCACAAGCACCAAAAGCGAUGCUUUGGAGGAAUAUGACGACAAUGAUGCCGAGAGUCCCUCGAAACCUUCAUCCUCCAAACAUCUUCAAACGACUUCGGAGGCAAAGGAAGAAGAGCCUUUGCUCCCGGAAGUGGAGGUCUUCGUGUCAGAUCUGCCUUCGCCACUUCACCCUCCAGAUCAUUGUCCUCCCAAAUUAGCUCGUCACAUUCAUUGGAAUUGGACUGCGGGCGGCGAAGUGGCCAUUGUGCCCUGUCCUCGCGGUUCUACAGGUUUGGCUCGAUGGCCUUGCCAAUCAGGCGGCCAAUGGGUGGGUGUGGUACCCGAUUUGAGCGACUGCAAAUCCAAUGCCAUGACCAACUUAGAGAGCCGAGUCCGUGAGGAGGAUCCUGAGAACGUGAUCGUUUCGGCCUUGGCCAAAUUGACCAGAACUUCGUUGUAUGGAGGUGACCUGGAAACGGCCUCGGUGAUAAUGAGAACCAUGGCCAAUAGACUGCAGUACCUUCUCCAAAGCCAAUCCAGUUCGUUUUACAAGAAGGAGGCCUACAUCCAAGAAGUGUUCCAAAACAUCCUGAGAUCGGCCUCGAAUCUCGUGGCCCGGCAUCAGACGCCUGCUUGGCAGGACCUUCCGGCCAGCAAGCGUUCCAAAAUGGUGACUGACAUCCUGUUGUCGCUGGAAGAGAACGCGUUUUUACUAGCGGAUGUCACUCUUGAGGAGCAAGUGUUGGAGGAAGCCUCCGAGGAAAUUGUGAUGGCCAUUUCGGUGAUCAAUUCCAAGAAAUUGGAUGCCUCCGAUUCAUCCCCAUUGUCUUUCCCGGAUUCGAAAUUCGCCAAGAUCGCUACCAAAGUCAAGGAUCGUGCGAGUCUUCCCAGAGGAAAUCUGAAGCGACAUUCGAACUCGUACGAAUUGAGCAAGGCCGUGUUCUUCUCCUAUUUGAAUCUGCACCAGAUCCUUCAAUCUCCUGUGUCUUUCAACGGAUUUGAUGACUACAAAGUGAACAGUCGCGUACUAUCGGCCUCUUUGGCCAAAGGCCGACAUGUGGAGCUCGCCCAACCCAUGGUCUUGACUUUUCGACAUCUUAACACCAAUCUGACCGGACCUGUUUGUGUGUUCUGGGACUUUGAGAUGAACGUUUGGUCGAAUAACGGUUGUUCGGUGAAGAGCUCGGAUACGAGUCAAACUGAGUGCGAAUGCGACCAUCUCACCAAUUUUGCAUUGCUAAUGAGAGAUGGUCCAGCUCUAUCGAACAACGGAUUGUCCACGUUCUUUUGGAUCCAGAUCCUCGUUUACAUCUUCCUCGUGAUUUUGGUCAUCGUGGCUGUGUUUGUGGCAGUGAAGUUCCGAACUCAGUUGAGUCACGUGGUGCGCAAGUAUUUCACCAAGUCGCAAGAGAAGAAGUUACAGAAAGGUCUAGACGUGAACCCGGGAUCAGGGCCAGGAUUGGGACCAUGUCCCAAGAGCCAAAGUUUCUACUCCGGAGUUAAUCUCGUCACCACUGCCGUCAAUAACCAGUUGGUCAAUGGAAAGGCUCAAACCCUGGCUCUCGAAAAGAACCUCCGACUUUCGCAUUAUCUGCACUCCCUGCCUAAUGGAAAUGGAAGCAAUCAUCACCAUCUUCACGCGCAAGCCUCGGACCUUCCCGAUCCUGCCGCUCACACUGCCACACUUCGAAUGGGCUCCCAAACCAAUGCCAAUGCCAAUCCUCUGCCCACCUACUCUGUGUACCAAAUUGAGGAUGGCAUGGAGGCGACAAAACACCUGCGAGACACGGUGUAUAUGUCCCCACAGCUCGUGAACCUCACCAACACUCUCCGUAGUAAGAAACGCUGUCAAGCGGGUCAUUGUCAACAACAGUCACCUCAUCAUCACCAUCCCCAGCAUCAUCUACAGGGGGUCAACGACGAUUCCAUGCUUCCGGAGAGCGAAGUCAUUUUCCGAGCCGUUAGUCCCCAUGGACACGUCUAUUGGGAGAUUGAUCCCAAACGGGACCACUCAGAUGAAGACCAACCUCAGCUCAGCUCGAACAGUGAUAUGAGUAGCUCCAGGCAGUCGUCCAGUCGUUACAGUGAUAACCACCCUUUAAUCAAGGGCGACUCUCCUCAGCAGCCUAACCACCAGGUUCUGGUCAACCCGUUCGCCGAUGUUCAGCUUCUGCCUAACUCCGUGUGUUCUAGUCCCACUUCGUUGGGUCAGCGCGGCUCUUCGGAUAUCCGCUUCAGUUCACUUCGUUUAGGCAAGGGCCACUUGCCCAGCUUUCGAACGCCAACGUUCCGGUCAGGCAGAAAUAAUAAGGCGGGAAUUUCGAAUGUGAAUGCUAACAUUCGCGAAGAGGAGAUUCCCGAGCAGGUGCAGAUUCGGGAUCUGCGUUCCAUUCCAGUCAGUAUCAAGAGCAACGAUUACAUCCUGGCCAAGAUCCAGAGCCACAUGAACCGUGGAUCACCCGUGGAUUUGGUUGUGAGCUCGAAUAGUCCGUCGCGUGGGGGCGGAUAUCACACCACAGCCCAAUUGGACGGUUCCAAAAAGCAAAGACGCGUGUAGAACCAGAGUUUGAAAUAUUCUUCUUCCCAGGCUGUGACAUAAUCUUAAUCUCUUCUCGUUCCUCGCCGAUUAGAGCCAGAAUCUUGUGACAUUCUCUAUCUAGAUUGCGCUGGCUCUCAGGAUAUGGAAAUUUGAAUUCGAAGACCCCCUCUUUUUGUCAGAUAAAGAAUGUGUGUAUUGUUCGUCGUUGAGCGCCCCGUUAUUCACUUUUGUACCUUCUUUCCCUCGUUUUUCCCCGUUCUCGUAAAUUGCUUUCCAAUCAGCAAUCGUGCUCUCAAUGAGUCUUAACUUUACUAUGUAUACAAAACAAUAAUUGGUUAGUUUCGCUUAAGUGCGGUAUAUGUUGUGAUACAUCAAGGGAAAUAGUUACACACACACAUAAGUCAUUUGAAAUGGAACGAAUAAAUACAUAAAUGCUGAGGUGUUA